AUGGCCAUUGCAGGAAUGUCGAGCCACGCCAUUCUUAUCUUGUGCUUAGCUGCACUGGCCUGUCAAGCCGCCGCAACCGCAGUUACCCUGGUUGUGCCCGAUAUUUUCCGUGGCACUAAUUUGGGUGUCCAUGACAAAGUGGAUCCUACCGAGAAAAUCUUUAACGUCUUGGAUCAUGGCGCCAAGCCUCAUGGGUCUGGCGAUUCAAGCAUUGCUUUCAUACGAACAUGGAUUGCAGCAUGCCGCAACCACACUGGGAGAUCAAGGGUUGUAAUCCCGGAAGGGACAUUCAAGACUGGGCCAGUCAUAUUUGAAGGGCCAUGCAACUGCUCAAAACCCAUUGUUGUUCAAGUUUUAGGGACCAUCAAAGGCCUGAAUGAUAUUUCCUUGUAUGCAGAACCAUUCUGGUUCUUGUUUGAACGUGUAGAGGGCUUGGUCCUCACAGGCAAUGGCGUCUUUGAUGGGCAAGGUUCAAGUUCCUGGAAAAACAUUGUUGGCUGCAGCAGUUGCAGUCCACUCCCAGCUAGCAUCAAAUUUAACGGUGUCAAAAACGGGGUCAUCCGAGGCAUCACCUCCCUUAACAGCAAAGGAGUUCACGUUUUCCUCACUAACAGCCAGAACAUUAGGGUGCGAGGAGUGAACAUCUCUGCCCCUGACACGAGCCCAAACACUGACGGCAUCCACAUCAGCAACUCCAACAACAUAAGGAUUGCCAGAGUUCACAUUGGAACUGGUGAUGAUUGCAUUGGCAUGAUUCAGGGGUCCACCAACGUUGCCAUCAACAAUGUUGUCUGUGGCCCUGGACAUGGCAUCAGUAUCGGUAGCCUUGGCAAGUACCAGAAUGAAACUGACGUGAGGGGGAUCAUCGUGAAGAAGACGACGUUUUUGAACACAGACAACGGGAUUAGAAUCAAAUCAUGGCCAGGAUCGACCCCAAGCCGAGCCUCAGGCAUGAUUUUCCAGGAUCUUAUCAUGCAGAAUGUUAGGAACCCCAUCAUAAUUGACCAAGAGUAUUGCGCAGGGGGCUGCAACAAGAACCAGCCAUCUCGAGUUCAGAUCAGCAAUGUUCACUACAUAAACAUCAGAGGGACCACAGUAUCAAAGAUUGCAGUGGAUUUCAUUUGCAGUAGCCAGUUCCCUUGCAAAAAUGUUGAGCUUCGUGACAUCAAUUUGAAGUACAUUGGUCCCAGCAAUGGCGGGCCUAUCACCUCCAUAUGCAAAAAUGCAGAAGUAAGAUUUGGUGGCAUACAAAACCCACCAGCCUGCCAUUAA